AUGGAGGGGUACAUUGUCAUGAUCCCAAAAGACUUCAUUAAAUUAUAUCUCAAUGGAGAAUUCGUUGAUUCUAAAUCCAAAGAGAAAUUCUCUCUCAGAAACCCAAAAGACAACACUCUGGUAGUUGAAGGAAUUCCGAUUGCAGAUUCCGAAGAUGUCGACCUUGCUGUCGAACACGCUGACGAAGCCUUCAAAGCAUACAGCAAGUUCACAGCAGGGCAGAAAACCCAAUGUUUUCAUAAACUGGCAGCCAUUCUAGAAGAACAGCUGAUCGAUAUUUUAACGCUGGAUUCACUCACCUCAGGAAACCCUGUGUCCAUUAUCCCAACUCGCGAGAAGGAUUAUAUCAAGAAUACUAUACUGUAUUAUUCGGGAUGGACAGACAAACAAAAAGGAGACUACCUCCCAGCAGACGAUGGGUUUACCAAAAUAGUGCGCCAUGAACCUUUGGGAGUGUGCGCUGCUAUCAAUCCAUUUAAUGCACCUGUGGCUACCAUGAUAAUCAAAGCCGCGCCGGCUUUGGCAACAGGAAAUGUGAUGAUAGUCAAACCGUCCGAGAAAACUCCCUUGGGAACCCUAGCUAUCGCACCUCUAUUUGAGCAAGCUGGAUUUCCAAAGGGAUGUAUUCAGGUCAUAACGGGGAAUGGCCAAACUGGAGCUUUAUUAUCGAACCACAUGAAGAUUCGAAAGAUAAGCUUCACAGGUAGUGUUUCAACUGGCAAGAAAGUCCAAGCCGCCGCUGCUCAAAGUAAUUUGAAACGCGUGACUCUGGAACUGGGCGGCAAGAGUCCUGCUGUGGUGUUCGAAGAUUGCAAUCUGGAUAACGCAAUUAACUGGACCGUCCACGCCAUCCUCGCUCGCUCAGGCCAAGUGUGCGUAGCCGCAACAAGAGUCUACGUUCAGAAAUCUAUAUCAAAAAAAUUCAUUGACAGAUAUAUCGAGAGGAUGAAAGCAGCAGCUUCAGAUUUUGGCGAUCCUCAGGAUUCCUCGGUCAAGAUGGGCCCAUUGGUUGACACGGACCAACUCAGAAGGGUAAAAGCCAUGGUUGACCGCGGCAAGGGGGAGGCGGAACUUGUUGUUGGUGGGGUGCAGCAUGGCGAGACGGGAUGCUACAUGGAACCUACUGUGUUCCUGAACCCCAAGGUCAACGCUGAAAUAUAUCAGAAAGAGAUAUUUGGCCCAGUCUCAGUUCUGAAGACGUUCGAGACUGAGGAGGAGGUUUUGAAGAUGGCGAAUGAUACGGAAUACGGCUUGAUGUCAGGUGUGUUCACGAGGGAUAUCUCACGCGCGCUCAGGAUGUCCGCAGGUUUGGAAACUGGUGUUGUGGGUGUCAACUGCGUAAGCUAUAUGAAUGCACAAGUACCGUUCGGUGGGAUGAAGCAGUCCGGGCACGGCAGAGAAUUUGGUGAAUACGCUUUACGCGCAUAUACUGAACCUAAGACAAUUUUGAUCAAUAUGAACGCUUGAUGAAUGCCGUAAGCACCUUGUGGCAGCCAGUUAUAUGCUCCUACGUACAUCUAUCUACGCGCCUCAGCUUGUCAAGGUUCACUUCUCAGCUUGCAAUGUACAGCUGAAGACUCAGCUCGCUCGAACUCAGCUGAAUGCUCAGCUCGCUUGUUGCUUGCCACCGUUGCCACCUGCAACUCCUAUUCUCUCUUCACUAUAUAGCCACUCGUUAGCACUUCAAUACAACUCAUGCUU